AAUAAAAGUGCACAAUAAACUACAAAAAAUAACAAAAAUGGAAGGCGAAUCUACAGAAUCAACACACAACACUAAGGUGUCAGAUUCGGCAUAUUCAAACAGUUGCAGUAACAGUCAAUCCCAAAGAAGCGGCAGUUCAAAAUCUCGCCUAAGUGGCAGCCAUUCAUCCGGCAGCAGUGGUUAUGGCGGCAAACCCUCAACACAAACCAGCAGUGAAAUUCACAUUAACAAAAGGGGUAAGGACAAGGGCCGGAAGAAGAAGAAACAAAAGUGUUCGGCAACGGUGGCAAAUACCUUGGAUUCACAGGAAGAUGCGGCCAAAACAACCGAAACAAAAGCGGAUGAAGAAAAUGAACUCAAUGAUAUUACAAUGAGUCAGGGCAAUCGCCAAAAGGACAAUAAAGAAAAUUUGGAAAAGGAAAGUAAUGAAACCAAAUUGGAAAAGUCACUGCAGUCUCCCAUACCAUCACCAUUAUCGGCCACCACCAAUCAAGGUGUCAAAUCGGAAAAGACAUGUGAAUCUGCACCGGGUAAAUUGGAGACAUCGGGUAAAACUGAAAAACUUAAAGAGGAUAGUUUCUGUUGUGUCAUAUCAAUGCACGAUGGCAUUGUCCUGUAUACCACACCCAGUAUUACAGAUGUUCUGGGUUUCCCCAGAGAUAUGUGGUUGGGCAGGUCAUUUAUCGAUUUUGUACAUCCCAAAGAUCGUGCCACAUUUGCAAGUCAAAUAACGACGGGCAUCCCCAUUGCCGAGUCACGAAGUAGUAUACCGAAAGAUGCCCGCAGUUCAUGCUGUGUAAUGCUGAGACGUUAUCGUGGUCUAAAAUCUGGUGGUUAUGGUGUUAUUGGACGUUCAGUGAAUUAUGAACCUUUCCGCUUGGGUUUAACAUUUCGUGAAGCACCCGAAGAGGCGAGGUCGGAUAACUCGUUGCCGAGUGGUACAAAUAUGCUGUUGGUAAUAUGUGCAACGCCCAUAAAAAGUGCAUAUAAGGUAUGCGAUGAAUUAUUGUCCCGCAAAACUCCCAAAUUUGCAAUACGCCACACAAAGACUGGUAUUAUUUCCACGGUGGAUAGUGGAGCUGUAUCGGCCUUGGGUUACUUACCACAAGAUCUUAUCGGUCGUUCCAUUUUGGAUUUUUAUCAUCAUGAAGAUCUCAUUGUUUUGAAGGAAAUCUAUGAAACGGUUAUGAAAAAGGGACAAACGGCGGGAGCUUCAUUUUGCAGCAAGCCCUAUAGAUUCCUCGUGCAGAAUGGCUGUUAUGUACUCUUGGAUACAGAAUGGACUAGUUUUGUUAAUCCAUGGUCCAGGAAACUGGAAUUUGUUAUUGGUCAUCAUCGGGUAUUUCAAGGUCCUAAAAAUCUAAACGUGUUCGAUCCACCACCAUCGAACAAACCCAAACUCUCAGAAGAGGCAAUGCAACGUAUAACCCGCAUUAAGGAGGACAUUCUCAAGCUAUUGUCCGAAACAAUAUCCCGUCCCAGUGAUACGGUGAAACAAGAAGUUUCACGUCGCUGUCAGGCUUUGGCAUCUUUUAUGGAACCUCUAAUGAAUGAGGUGGCACGUCAAGAUCUCAAAUUGGAGCUGCCAAAUGAAAAUGAGCUAACCGUCUCGGAAAGAGACUCCGUAAUGUUGGGUGAAAUUUCACCACAUCACGACUACUAUGACAGUAAAAGUUCCAUUGAGACACCACCAUCCUACAAUCAAUUGAAUUAUAAUGAAAAUUUGCAACGUUUUUUUAACAGCAAGCCUGUUACAGCACCCGUAGAAACGGAUCCCAUUAAAAUGGAACAAUCGUAUAGUACACCGGCUGAUACGGGCAGUAAUUUAAGUCCAAUGCAAUGUUUUGAGGAUAGUGGAGGCAGUGGCUCGUCGAGGAAUUGUACAUCGGGUAGUAAUUUGAAUAUGGGUAGUGUUACGAAUACCAGUAAUACCGGGACAGGUACCUCUUCGGGUAGUGCUCCUUUGGUCACACUCACCGAAUCUUUACUCAAGAAACAUAAUGAUGAAAUGGAAAAGUUUAUGCUUAAGAAACAUCGAGAAUCCCGCGGACGAGGAUGUGGUGAAAAGAAUAAAAAAUCCUCAGAUAAAACUAUGGAGUAUAGUGGACCGGGACAUGGUAUAAAACGUGUGGGUUGCCACUCGUGGGAGGGUGAAGCAAAUCGCCCCAAACAACAACACACCAAUCUCGUGGAUAUGCAACGAGAUUUCGUGGAACAUCACAAUGUCAACCAACCUUCCUGUAAUCCCAACAAUAACAAUAAAGUAUUUAAUAAUCGCCAAACCACCUUGGAUAGUUCUGCCUUGAGAAUACCCUAUACCACUGGCCUCAAUUAUACACGCAGUGUUAAUUUAUGGCCCCCUUUUUCGGUGGGCCUUUCCACCCAUACCACACACACAUCACCCAUAGCCCAAAAUAGUUUUACACCUCCGCACAGUAUGUUUCCCACAAUUUAUUAUAUACCCGCUCCAGGUCCUACCGCUGCUGCCGCUGCAGCAGCCGUACAAGCUAAACGUAACACCGCCGAUAUGCCAAGUACUUCAAAUCAAACAUUACCUCUACAGUAUAUGACAGGUGUUAUGUAUCCCGCACACCCGCCUUUAUUCUAUACCCAUCCUGCAGCUGCAAUGAUGUAUCAACCGGUCUCUUUUUCAAAUGUCACGAGUAAUAUAAGUAUGGCGCCGGAAAGAAGUGUCGGAUCGGCUGUAGAUUUUCGAACGAGUCAAAAUUUAAUGGUGGCCCCUAACAAUUCUAAGCCUCAACAACAGCAGCAACAACAACAGCAACAGGGAGCUUUUCAUUCCAUUACACCAGUACAGCUGCAACGUCCAUCGUCACAGGCAACUUCGGUUAAAGCGGAACCAGGAUCAAAUAUGGCUCCUUCGGAUUCCUCAAAGAAAGGAAUUGCAGGUUCACCUAUUGUAUCAGUUAUGGGUGAUUAUGUCUCAGAUCAGCACAAUGAUAACACACUUAAGCCCAACACUGAUAGUAAUGGUAACAGUGAUGAUAUGGAUGGUUCAAGUUUUUCAUCAUUCUAUUCGUCAUUUAUCAAAACAACAGAUGGCUCAGAUAGCCCCCAGGAAAAUGAUAACAGCAAAGAGGCAAGGAAAUUUAAGGUACAGACUGAAGAAAAAAUAAUGGAAGAUGCCGAAGAAGAUGAAACACAACAUGGUGGACUAUAA